GGAAGCUUGAAGUCAAGAUGGAGGAUAGUAGUUUCUCUGCGGCUGCUGCUGCUGUGCGGAACGGGGACUUGGGGUCCCAGUGGGACCGGAGCUUGGUGCCCGAGCGGCUUCAGAGGCGAGAACAAGAGCGGCAACUGGAGGUGGAAAGGCGGAAGCAAAAGCGGCAGAACGAGGAGGUGGAGGAGGAAAAGAGCGACUUUUUCGCCGCCGCCUUCGCUCGGGAGCGAUCGGCCGUGGAAGAGCUUCUGGAAGGCGGGGAGUCCGUCGAGAAGCUGGAGGAGGCGGCCGCUCGGCUACAGGGGCUGCAGAAACUUAUCAACGAUUCGGUUUUGUUCCUGGCCGCCUACGAUCUGCGGCAGGGACAAGAGGUGCUGGCGCGGCUGCAGGCGGCCCUGGCCAAGCGGCGUCAGGAGCUGCAGCCUAAGAAGCGUUUCGCUUUCAAGACUCGCAGGAAGGAUAUCGCUUCAGCCACCAAAGUAGACUCGGCUCCCGGCGCCCCGGCUGCUGACGGCAUCCUGGCCUCCUCUCCGCCCUUGAAGGAGGAGGGAGGCUUCGACUCCAGCUGGGUCUGCGGCUUCUCCAACCUGCAGUCCGAAGUCUUGGAGAAGAGAGCCGACGAGCUGCACCAGCGCGACGUCCUUUUGACCCAACUGAGUAAUUGCACGAUCAAAUUGUAUGGCAAUCCCAAUACUCUGCGGCUAACCAAGGCCCGAGGCUGCACGCUGCUCUGCGGCCCCGUGUCCACCUCUGUGUUCCUGGAGGACUGCAGUGACUGCGUGCUGGCUGUGGCCUGCCAGCAGCUCCGCGUACACACCACAAAAGACACCCGCGUCUUCCUGCUGGUGACCAGCAGGGCCAUCGUGGAGGACUGCACGGGGAUCCAGUUCGCCCCCUACACCUGGAGCUACCCGGGGAUCGACAAGGACUUUGAGGGCUCUGGUUUAGAUAGGAGCAAAAAUAACUGGAACGACGUUGACGAUUUCAACUGGCUGGCCCGGGAUGUGGCCUCCCCAAACUGGAGCAUUCUUCCGGAAGAAGAGCGAAGGAUCCAGUGGGACUAAAGCAGUUGUCACGCUUUUCUUCACUCCUACUCCUUCCCAUGUGGGACUGACUCCGGCUAAUGGGACUGCAAAGUGUACCUAUUGUUUUCACGCCGUAUAUGUUUUCAUUAUUUUAAGACGAGAUUGUGAUAAGCUGCUACAUUUGAUCUACAUUAAAUUUGUGACAGGUC